AUGUAUCGGUCAACUGAAAAUGGUUGUCAACAUAUYAGUGACCAGUGCUGGCUAUGGAUGACUGGCCGGGGAUAUCAAAGGUAUUGGCUAUCACAUCAAGUAUUGUAUUUGAUAAUUGCAUCACAACUUAACUGUGACCGAGAGAUGCAAACAAUGAUUGCUAAACAUAAUCAACAAUCAGUGGGAAAGUUGUUUGAAAUGUUUUGUACAAAUAUGUUGAGAGAGUGUCGAGAAAUGAUUGACAGACAGUUUCAGGGUAUUGACGGCACAGACAUGGAUUUGUUUAUGGAGGACAUUGCCUUUUGCGGUAUAAUUGGUUUCAAARAGUUUACUAUUGAUAACAAACAUUGGCUGWCAWUGAUUAUCAACGAUAGGAUCAAUGAUCGUAACGGUUGUUAUGUCUAUAAAUAUUAUCCACAACAACAACCUCGACGUCUGCGGCGGACUAAACGCAAUGAAGUACUUCUCGCUGACGGAUGUCUACCACACAAGAYAUCAGUCGGUUUGUCGGCCAUUACUGUCUUUAUUAGGGAUAUUAUAUGGCAUUCAAUCAAUUAA